AACGUCACUGUAGUGAAUGAUUGUAUGCUUGUUGCUGUAGUGUGAGUAGAGCAGCUGUUUCAUUGCGAUCUAAAAAUGUUAGAUUUAUUUACAAUUUUUAGUAAGGGCGGUAUUGUGCUUUGGUGUUUCCAGAGCACGAGCCAGAUAUUCACACCAUCUGUUAAUGCUUUGAUUAGAAGUGUUAUUUUGCAGGAACGUACAGGAAACAAUAGCUUUGACCACAAUGCUUUGACAUUGAAGUACAAGCUCGAUAACGAAUUCGAACUUGUAUUUGUUGUAGCGUAUCAGAAAAUUUUGCAGUUGUCCUACGUUGACAAAUUCUUGAAUGACAUUCAUCUGGAAUUCCGUGACAAAUACAAGACCGAACUUCAGCAUGGAAGUCAUUUCCAGGGAUUUGAUUUUGCUGAAAACUACAACCUGGUGCUGUCAUCUGCAGAGGUUUGGGGGAAACAGCAGUCCAAGAUCCCUAAGCAAAUGCGAACUUUCGAAGAGUCUUCUAAAUCUAAGAAAACAGUCGCCUCUAUGAUAGAGCGAAAGAGCGAUGAAAAGGAAAACAAAAAGACUGGGAAGAGCAAGAAAAAGGCAGUAGGGUUUGUCAGUGGUGGUGGAACAAACUCUACGAAGCAGCCCGAGGCCCCGAGGCCCGAGGCCCCGCGCCUGGCCGCCGUCAACGGGGAGCUCGGGGAGGACGUGCUGAUGCAGAACCGCAUGCGCCUGGCGCAGCGCCUGGGCCCCAAGAGCCCCAAGAGCAAGGCUGACAAGAAGAGCCCCAAGCCGGCCAAGGAGGGCAAGAAGCCCCGGGUGUGGGACCUGGGCGGCAACAAGAGCGACGUGGCCGACCUGGAGCGCACCCGGGACAAGCCUGCGGACGGGGCGCCCUUGGAGGAGCUGCAGCCCGACACCACGAUGGUGGGCCGCAUGGUCGGGGGCAUCAAGGACCUGGAGGUGGACAGCGACUCGGAGCAGGACUCGGACUCUGACGAGGCGGAAGUGGCGGUCGUGAACCAGCGCGGCACCGCCAACACGACCACGCCCGCUGCCACCAAGGGUCGCAGCGUCUUCUCCAUGUUCAGGGGACUGGUGGGCAGCAAGAACCUGUCGCGGGACGACAUGGCCCCCGUGCUGGACAAGCUGCGGGACCACCUCAUAGCCAAGAACGUGGCGUCCGACAUCGCCCACAAGCUGUGCGACUCCGUGGCCGCCAAGCUGGAGGGCAAGGUGCUGGGCACCUUCGACAGCGUGGCGUCGACGGUGAAGGGCACGCUCACCGACGCGCUGGUGCAGAUCCUGUCGCCGCGCCGGCGCGUGGACAUCCUGCGGGACGCGCUGGAGGCCCGCAAGCAGGGCCGGCCGUACGUCAUGUCCUUCUGCGGGGUCAACGGGGUCGGCAAGUCCACCAACCUGGCCAAGAUCUGCUUCUGGCUGAUCGAGAACAACCUGCGCGUGCUGAUAGCGGCCUGCGACACGUUCCGCGCGGGCGCGGUGGAGCAGCUUCGCACGCACACUCGCCACCUGAACGCCCUCCACCCGGCCGGCCGGCACGGCGGCCAGCAGAUGGUGCAGCUCUACGAGAAGGGCUACGGGAAGGACGCGGCCGGCAUCGCGAUGGAGGCCAUCAACUUUGCGCGGGACCAGCACGUGAACGUGGUGCUGGUGGACACGGCAGGCCGCAUGCAGGACAACGAGCCCCUCAUGAGGGCCCUGGCCAAGCUGAUCAAGGUGAACCAGCCCGACCUCGUGCUGUUCGUGGGCGAGGCGCUGGUGGGCAACGAGGCCGUCGACCAGCUGGUCAAGUUCAACCAGGCGCUGGCCGACUACUCGUCGUCCGCCACCCCGCACCUCAUCGACGGCAUCGUGCUCACCAAGUUCGACACCAUCGACGACAAGGUGGGGGCGGCCAUCUCCAUGACCUACAUCACUGGCCAGCCGAUCGUGUUUGUGGGCACGGGCCAGACCUACACGGACCUGAAGAGCCUGAACGCCAAGGCCGUGGUGCACGCGCUCAUGAAGUGAGCUGCCUCUCCCCUCCCUCCCUCACCACCCUCCCCUCCGAGUACCACCCGUCUCUCUUGCCGCCGCCUCUCGCGUCUGCGCUACCGCUAUCGUUCAUCGCAGCAGCAAAUAUUUACCAGACAACCGCUACUCGGAUUGAACUAUUUGAAUCUAAAUUUUUUCUCUGUGGUGAGUUUUGUAGGUCUUGUGAUAUUUUAUACUGUAGCUGUUGUACUUGAAUAUCAUAACUGUGGCAAAUUUUUUUUUUUCCGGCUUGAUUUCCCGUGAAGGCAAUUUUACAAAAUAAUAAUUGUAAGGUGUGAAACACCUGGAUUGUUUUUUUUUCUGUAUUUUUAAACUUCUGGUGGAUUUAUAAUAGAAAAAUCGUGACCACGUAGCCUCUUCGCUUGUUUGCAUUGCUCAUUUUCCUGUUCUGUCCAUCAUUUGUUCAUUAGUCGUGGAUCAAGGGUUACUUAAUCGUGUUCCUCCUUCUUAACAUCGACGGGUACCCAGAUGUCUUGCUCGAAGAACGAUCAUUGCCCGUGUGGUGUUUGAGCUAUCGGCAGAGAGAUUGCUACGGACAAAAUUUGCGAGAUUGUCUUGGCAAUUGGGCAGUGGCAAGUUGUUCGAGAGAGUCUGCUGUUGCAUUCGUUAAAAACAGGAAUGGCAGAGGUCUCGGUUUGUUGUGAUAUCGGGUUACUGUCCUGUGCAUAGUUUUCGUGGAUUGUGGAGCAAGGGUCUGUGUGAUAAGACGUUGUGAAGUCCAUUUGAGUCGGUCGUUGAGUUCUCUUGAACCAGUAUUGUAGCUGUUUAGAGCUUGUUUGUGUCUCUGGCAUUGCAAUAAGUCAUGUGCAAUACUUUACCCUAGCAGUUAAGAUUAUACGUGAAUAUUACAGACAAACAAGCCUAGUUCAGGUGAAAAGCAAGUACUUAAAAUAUAGUGGUAAUUGUGCCUUCAUUCCACUGAUUUGCAGAGUGCCAAUAUUUAUUAUUUUUUUAUAAAUGCAAUUAUUUUUUCGUGCUGAUAUUUUUGAAGUUUUUUUUAUGAAUUACUACUCCGCAAAUUCUCUGUGCACCCCUCGAACGUUGCCUAUCACUCAGGCAAGCGGCAUAAAUAGUCUAGGAAUAGUGAGUGUGCAUUCCUGUGCAAUAAACCUGCAUAAUAGUUUUUAGUACUUCAACUAUAUGUUCUUUUAAUUAUUUUUUUUCAGUGGAGAAGAUUGAGUUGAAACAAUUUUAUGGCCGUACAUCAUUGCCGGUUUACACUGAACGUCAUAGAAAAACAUCAAGAUAUUUCUAUGACAUAAAUUGUAAAUCAGCAAUGCGUAUGUCCAGAAAAUUGUUUUAAAUCUACUUCCACUUUUGUCACCCAGAGGUUUUGCUGAUUGUUUUUAGCAGCGCAGAGAUUGAUAUUACGUAUUUGGCACUUUUAUUUACCUACGUGUUUUGAUUAUAAUAUGAUUAUUGAUUAAUAUUAAAAAAAAAUCAAAUAUUUUAUUCACAAAAAUUUUGAAUGCCAGCAGUUUCAGCUGAGCUUAAUGAAAUUGCUCAACAAAUGACCUUCCAUUCUUCACACAAACAACCUUACAUUUAGUUUGUAGCUGUCAUUCUUGGGGACAAUUAAUACUCUUUCGAGAAUAAGAACAUUUACUGCUCCUUUUCUUUUAUAAGUAAAUGCCUGGAAGAACCGAAGAUUGUGAGAUCCUCACCCAUGUUUAUCGUGCCUAAGAGAGAAAUAAGAUUCGAUCUGCAAGUCGGUUGCGUGUUGCUGUUAAGACUUAAAGCUUGUGGUAGAAUGUGUGUUUUUAAAGGCCCCUUUCUUCAACAGUCUACAACAGUUUGAAUCUCUGGGCAGUCCAUGUCCUUAUCCUGAUGUGAAUAACUUCACAUUGUUGCAGGAAAAACUGCCAAGUCUGCGAUUGCGAUGUCCCAGUAGGCGAAUACUGAUAUUGAUUUCCAAAGUUGUCACCGAAGAGCAGUAAAUAUAGAGCGCUAAAAUACGUCUUUUUGUUUACUUUUUCAUGCACUGUAAAUGGGUGCACAGUUUAGUUUUGAAUAUUCAUUUAACUUGAGAAAGUUGUGAGAGUUCAACUAAAUUCGUUCCUUUCUGUUUAAGAGCAUGUUUUUGAAGUAUCAUGAGUGUUCUUCUAUGCUACCAGAGGACACAAAUUGGGACCAAAAGUUCAAGUUGACCAAUGUAUUUGGACCACCCAUGACAUCAGAGGGUCACGUGGGCCAAUCAGCAAUCAGCAAUCACCAGUCAGUGUGUGGAACACAAUUUAGGACAUUGCUAUUGUAGAUAGGGCUUAAUACUGCCAUGUGUUUACAGUUGUCUGAAGAAAAUAUUUUAGGCUACAGUAACAUUGGAAAACAGAUAUGGUUAAUGUAUAGCCAGUUUUAUUUGAAAAGUUUGAAAACUUUAUUCUGUUAUAUAUAAUAACAAAGAACAAAGUAAUUUGGCUUUCAGAAAAUUUGGUGUGCAAUUAUUGUAAUUUUAUUUUUCUUUCAAAUAUAUCUUCAAUACGUAUUGGAUUAAGUAAAACCCAAUUUCAUUAGCAGGUUUUUCUCAGUACGUAAUGGAUCCUCUAGACACACCAAACCAGACAUCUUCUUGACCUGUGCUACUGCUCUGUGGAAUGCAUAACCAAGUUUCCGUGGAACUGCGGACCAGAGCAUCCUCUCUGGUCGCGACCUCGCGCGCAAAAGACGUGCCAGGUUAGCCGCGCAGUGGAACCUCAACACACACUUGUCUGUCGGGACCAUAGUCGUGGCGCCGAAUGUUGCCUCUUGAUAAAAGAAUCUUCAUAUCUACUUGGCCUGUGCGGGAUCCAAAAAUUCGGGAAAAGUUUCCCGAUCAGUAAGGUUUUUUUUUACCUUCGGGCAGGGGAAAAGUUAUCGAUUUGUUCUGGUUAUUAACGUCUAGGGUUUUCAUUUUUCGCUAAAUUCAGCGAGCUGCUUAAAGUUGUAAAAUAAUGAUUUUUCAUGUUUAUUCAAAGACAUAACUACAAACCACCUGCAUUAUUUGUUCACCACAUUUUAACGAAUAACAUAAAGGACUCCAUUAUCCUGACACGCUAUGACAUGUUUUUCAAGUAAAUACAUAGCGACUGUCGGAAUGCAACUUGAAGUAUCUGUGGUCAAGUGAUGUUCAUCUAGGACAACUCCCUCCCUCCUCAUGGGUUGAGAAAGUUACUUCACAUUGCAAAUAAAACAAGAGAGAGUUUUUUCCCCCUAAGCAACAUACACAGGACAGAUAAAGAAAGUAUUGUGUAUUGUUUUGUAUAGUGUAUUCUUACACUUAGUAAUUUAAAAAAAAAAUUAUAAAUUAAAAGGACUUAAUUAUCACGCAAAGAACUAAUUAAAUUAUAAUAGUUUUAAUAAUUUUCUCAAUGUAAAUUCUAUUUAAACCCACCCUACGAAAAUUUUUACCAGUUUUAAGGAACAUUUGAAAGUGAAUUGUGUGGCCAACUGCUUAUUUCUACAGCAGUUAUUUGCUGCUACUUAUUCUAAACUGUAUCUACCUCUUAAAUUUCAGUUACAAACUGAGCCAUAAUCUCUCAAAUCAAAACUUAUUUUGUUUUAAAUUCUAGAUUUUGACCCCAAAUAGUGUGAACUACUUCCCGGCUACCCAAAAUCCCUAAGAUGUAUGUUUUUAAUAUUACGAAGGACAUUUCAGGAAAUAUCUUUGUUCUAUCGAAUUAGAAUUGUUUAUUUCACUUAAUUAUUUUACUGAUCCCAUCCCAAUUCCCAUGGGAAGAAUUCUUUUGCACCCAAAAAUUUCCCGAACUGAAAAAUCCAUUCCUUUACAGUCCUACAUUUUGCACACGUCUUCACUACAGAAAAAACCAACAUCUAAACUAGCAAGAGUAUUUUGUGUGCAAUUAUACAUUUCAUAAAACUAGUAAAAUCCUUCAUGUAAUGGUUUAGCUACAUCUAUGUAUUGUGAUUAUUAGUUGUGCAGUAAAGUACCCAGGGAUAACAGUGACAGAAGAUAAUUUUAAGUAUUUUUUUGUUUGAAUCUAGUGCUGCUCUGUUUGAAUUCCUUCCUAAUUGUAUUUAUUGUUUACCCUAACAUCUUGAUCUGCCUGGCAUGUCUACAUGCAGUUAAACAGGUUCUAAAUUUGUACCACUGAUUCAAUUACGUACUAGUAAAGUUUAUAUUUUUGUUUUUUAACAGGUUGUGGUUUAGGUUUUUGUUAUACUUUUUUUUAUGAUAUGGUGUACAAUGUUUAACUGUAAAUGAAUAAUUCUCAGUACUGUUAAAGGUGCACAUUGCAAUUAUUUGUACAUAUGUAUUGUAAUAAAGGAAAAGUUGAAACGUUGCUUGGGUAA